GGGGCCGGUGGCUGCGGCGGACGCGCGGCGGCGCGGAGGAGGCGGCGGGGAGCGGGCGCUGCUGAGGGAGGGAGCCGGCCGCCCGCCAUGAGCCAGGGCAGCGGGACCCCCGGCGAGAGCGGCGAGCCCGAGGCCAAGGUGCUGCACACCAAGCGGCUGUACCGAGCGGUGGUGGAGGCAGUUCAUAGACUGGAUCUCAUUCUCGGUAACAAGGCAGCUUAUCAAGAAGUGUUCAAGCCAGAGAACAUCAGCUUGAGAAACAAGUUGCGAGAGUUGUGUGUGAAGCUGAUGUUCUUGCAUCCGGUGGAUUAUGGGAGAAAAGCAGAGGAACUGCUGUGGAGAAAGGUUUACUAUGAAGUUAUCCAGCUCAUUAAAACAAAUAAAAAGCACAUUCACAGCCGCAGCACCCUGGAGUGUGCAUACCGGACUCACCUAAUCGCUGGCAUAGGGUUUUACCAACAUCUUCUUCUCUACAUUCAGUCUCACUAUCAACUGGAGCUGCAGUGCUGUAUUGACUGGACUCAUGUAACCGACCCACUGAUAGGCUGCAAGAAACCUGUGUCUGCAUCGGGGAAAGAAAUGGAGUGGGCACAGAUGGCGUGUCACAGAUGUCUGGUUUAUCUGGGAGAUUUAGCUCGCUAUCAGAAUGAAUUGGCAGGUGUGGACACAGAACUGUUGGCUGAGAGGUUUUACUAUCAAGCCCUUUCUGUUGCACCACAAAUUGGGAUGCCCUUUAACCAGCUGGGGACACUGGCAGGGAGUAAAUAUUACAACGUGGAAGCUACCUACUGCUAUUUACGCUGCAUCCAGUCUGAAGUGUCCUUUGAAGGUGCCUAUGGUAACCUGAAGCGGCUGUAUGACAAGGCAGCCAAAAUGUAUCACCAGCUGAAGAAAUGUGAAACCAGGAAACUGUCGCCAAGCAAAAAACGAUGCAAAGAUAUUAAAAGGUUGCUGGUAAGCUUUAUGUACCUCCAGAGCCUUUUGCAGCCAAAAAGCAGCUCUCUGGACUCUGAGCUAACAUCUCUUUGCCAGUCGGUGCUGGAGGAUUUCAACCUUUGCUUGUUCUACCUGCCUUCUCCUCCUAAUCUGAACUCAGCAAGCGAAGAUGAAGAGGAAUAUGAGUGUGGAUAUUCCUUCCUUCCCGACCUCCUCAUCUUCCGCAUGGUGAUCAUCUGCCUAAUGAGCGUCCACAGCCUCAAAAGGGCAGGUUCAAAGCAGUACAGUGCAGCCAUUGCUUUUACUCUGGCCCUCUUUUCUCAUCUGAUAAACCACGUCAAUAUUCGCCUGCAGGCAGAACUGGAAGAAGGGGAGAAUCCAGUUCCAGCAUUCCAGAGCGACGGCACAGAUGACCAAGAGACCCGGGAGCCUUUGAACUCUGUUGAGAAGGAAGUAGAUGCUGACUUAGCCAACCACCAGCCCAGCGAUGAGCAGAGGAAGAAGGACAACAAGAAGAGCAAGAAAUACUCCCGUCUCUCCUGCUUGCGCCGCCGGCGCCAUCCCCAGAAGGUCGAUGAGAGUGACCUGAGCGAGGGCUUCGACUCUGACUCCAGCCAGGACUUCACUAAGGGCAGCGAUGGCUCGGAGAGCGGCUCGGAGAAAAGCGACGAGGAGGUGGAGACAGCCUUUGAUGUGGAGACAGACUCAGACAUGAACAGCCAGGAAUCCCGUUCCGACCUGGAGGAUAUGGAGGACGAGCCAGGGGAGGAGGGAUGCGGCCGAACCAAAAGCAUGAAAAAUGGGGCCAAGGAGGCCUUAAAAAACUGCAUGGAGGGGAGCGGGCUGAUGGAUUCUAAAAGCCUGAGUGUCUCCAAGACUGAGAAUUCAGAUGCUGCAGUCAAUGGGCCAGGGUCCAUGGGCAAUAAUGAAGCUAGCAUAGCUAGUAACCUCCAGGCCAUGUCCACACAGCUGUUCCAGACCAAACGCUGCUUUCGCUUGGCCCCCACCUUCAGCAACGUCCUCUUGAAACCAACUCAUGAACCAGCUGCCUUGAAGGAGGUAGUGGACAGCAAGCCUUGUGUCAAUGGGGAUAUGGAGAAGCCCGGCUUCCCUGAACAAGAUGACUUGUCCGACUCUGAGGAGAGCAUCACCAGUAACAAAUCCUGUAGGAACGAGAGAUCCCUCCAAGAGAAACUAGAGAUCAUAACCAAUGAGGGCCUGCUUCCGACUGUCAAGAUGUUCCUGGACUGGUUGAGAACCAACACUGACCUCAUCAUCAUGUGUGCCCAGAGCUCCCAGAGUCUAUGGAACAGACUGUCCGUGCUUCUGAACCUUCUGCCUUCUGCUGGAGAACUGAAGGAACCAGGGCUGGCUCUUGGUAACGAGGUCAAGGACUUGAUGAUUGGCUGUGAGCUUCCAGACUUGAGCACCAGCUUGCUGCUUCCAGAAGACGUGGCGCUCCGUAACCUGCCCCCUCUGAAAAAUGCACACAAGAGGUUUAACUUUGAGCAGGACAGACCCAUACUCUCAGCGGUGGAGGAGUCCGUGAUUCGUAUUUGCUGCAUCCGCAGCUUUGGCCACUUCAUCACACGCUUGCAAGGCAGCAUCCUGCAGUUUAAUUCGGAGGUCGGGAUCUUCAUUAGCAUUGCUCAGUCUGAGCAGGACGACUUGCUGCAUCAGGCUCAAGCCCAGUUCCGCAUGGCUGCGGAGGAAGCUCGUCGGAACAGGUUAAUGAGAGACAUGGCUCAGCUCCGACUGCAGCUGGAGGUUUCUCAGCUGGAGGGGAGUCUCCAACAGCCCAAAGCUCAGUCUGCCAUGUCUCCUUAUCUUGUCCCAGACACCCAAGCUCUCUGCCAGCACCUCAACAUCAUCCGGCAGUUAGCUACCAGCGGCAGGUUCAUCAUCAUCAUCCCUCGAACAGUGAUUGAUGGUUUAGACUUCCUGAAAAAGGAGAAUGCAGGCGCUCGUGACAGCAUCCGAUAUUUAGAGGCAGAAUUUAAAAAGGGAAACAGGUACAUUCGUUGCCAGAAAGAUGUUGGGAAAAACUUCGAGAGGCAUAAACUGAAGAGACAGGAUUUAGAUGCCUGGAACCUCUAUAAAAUAUUGGACAGCUGCAAACAGCUGACUGUGUCCCAAGGGAACGGAGAGGAUGACACCACAGGGAUGGUUACCAUCAUAACUGGCUUUCAGCCAGAUGAUCCAAGCAAAUUCUCUGCACCCAUGCAGUCUGCUAUCCAGGCAGCAGCCAGUGCCAGUGUAGAAAUAAAAAAUGUUCUGGAGUUCUACAAGCAGUGGAAGGAGAUGGGCUGAUGGUCAGAAGGGCAUCGGGUUGGUGUACCUUUCUCUCCCCCUCUCAGAACGUGCAGUGUCUGAACGAAGGAAACAAAACACAGGCGAGACUUGACACGAAGAAGCAGCAGCAGCAACCAUGACAAAAACAAAUCCAGUUCCGCACGCGCACAAAACACCCACAACCCACACCACGAACAGACGACUGUACAUCUCCAACAGCGCCAACUGCUCUGAGAAGAGAGACACCUCAGUGAGGCCAAGAAGAGAUCUCCCCUUCUCCCGGUCGGCAGGGAUGGGCGAGAGACGGGCAGUCAUUCAUCCCCAAUAGUCAGGCAGCUCCUAGUAUGUACUUUAUUUAAACAAGCCAAAACCACGGCAGUGGAAAUGGAACACAGAAGGGGCUAGCCUCCGGGGCUGGGGACAAAGUUCCAAAGAGUGCUCUUUGUUGGGAAUCUGGUGAUAGGAAAAUGAACACCUUUUUAAUUAAUUUUUUCCAUCUUCUUUCUUUUAAUUCUUAGCACAUAUGUGUGUGUGUGUGUGUGUGUGUGUGUAUAUGUGUAUAUAUAUAUGUGUGUGUGUGUGUAUAUGUAUAUGUGUGUAUAUAUAUAUAUAUAUACACACACACAUAAAAGUGGAGUUCCUUUGGGGUUCUGGAUCCUCUUCAAAUGUUAAAGAAUUAAAGAGAACAAGGAAAUGAUGAUGCUAUUUUUAAACAGAAAAGCAAAAAAAAAAGUUUUAGGAACAAAUAUAUUUAUUCCUCUCCGGCCCUUUCCAUACCGGGGGGAGUGCAAAGUGAUUAUUGCCUGUAGAGAAAAGUACCAGACAGAAACCUUCCCUAUCCUGCUAGGAGUUUGGUGUGCAUUCCUUGCUUUUGUACUUGUUGCGUGUUUUGUGAGCCAUGAUAGGUCUAGCUUGGGCUGUUUGAGAGAAUCGGAGGAAAGGAUUCGUUCCUCCUCCUAAACGACCCCCGUCCUCAGCAUUAGGUCUUUGUGCAGGGGAGAGUAAAGGUGAAUGCAAUCCAGGCUAGUUGCUGGUAGUCGUAACGGAGCUGCAUUGGAUGCUUAGACAGUGGCAACGGUUGUUGUUUUGGCUUGAGCCUGCUGAGACUCAAGAGACAAAUCGGACCUGAAAACCUCUCCAAAGGGUCCCUAAUUCCUCUCCCUUAUUUUGCAGUGGGGUGUUGGGGGAGGAGGGGGCGCAGAGGAUUUUCUUAAGCUUAUCAACAGUCUCUUCAGUUGCUCUCGGACUCGUCUUCUUCUGUGUAAAACAAAAGAGGUUUGCAGAGUUUAUGUAGUCCCUAGGAGCAGGAGGGAGAAAUGCAGUGGUCACUGCAAGUCAGUGUCAUCCAGAACUGGCCCAUGGACUGUUCUGUGCCUUUCAGUCAGUACAGCAGCAUCCAUAAAGGAAGGGAAGACAAUAGCUAUGCAGAUGCUGGAAUCCACUCCCUUUGUUUCCUGUGAGGUAAAUUUACAAACCUCUCUCCUGCACCCACUCUACACAUCCUCCAUCUGACUUCUGGUAACACUGAUACCUGUAAAUGAAAAGCACAUUGCUAUAAAGAUCACUAAGCACCGGGUAGAAGUUCCUUCUCUGUUGAUCUGUGUCACUGUACUUUCAGACCAGAUGUCCCCAUCCACUUGAACUAGCAGCAACUAUGCAAGUAAUGAGUUUAACCCACUGGUCUCUGUCAAGCUCUUUUUAAUUUGGCCUGACAAGAAGCUGCUAUAACUGGUUAUUAAUAGUGUACUAUGAAUGGACCAUUUGAAAAAAUAACCAUUUGCAAUACCUGCAGAUUUCCCAGCAUAACAAAUCAUACCAGAAUUGCAAAAUGUCCCAUUUGGGGUUCAGACCAGUAUGAAUCCCAUAGGAUUCAUCCACUUCGCAGCUUAGAUCAUUUUGCAGCCAGCAGCCUUGUUGCUCAGAUGAGAGGCCUUGGAAAGCCAGUGUGCUUUAAAGGUGAUUUUAUUCCUUUGGAAAGCAGAGGAGGGCAUAGGGGGUCAGUGUUACUAACUGAUUUUCUCUUUAUGUCUUCACCUGAAACUUGUGGUGCUUUACUAGGCCAUGCCAAGAAGACAGCAUAAGCAAAAGUGCUGAAUGGGGGCUUUCACUUGCUUCUGAUGGCUUCCUGUGUUUACAAACAGAUUUCAGCUGUGGCACGUCCCCAGGUGGAGUUUAGUGCAUGGCAUUUAUCCCUUCCCACACACAAGUAGCUAUUUUCUUUUAUCAAGUCUGUUUCUGUUUAGCUUGUGUUUUUAUGUAAUGGAGAUGCAAAAAGUAAAAAAAGACCUACCCUGUGUAUGAUGUCUCCAUCAGAACCCUCUGACCUGAGUUAUACGAGCCAGAGCAGUGUAGCGUUGAAGGUGAACCGAUUCACCUCCUGCAAUUCUGUCCCUGUUUUUGACAUGAUGCUGACCAGUGCACUAAAGUACACUCCCCACUGAUCCAAACAUCUAGGUCAUCUUGAAUUCUGUCUGGUGGAUCAGACUUCUCUCUGACUUGGGUGUUCUGCCCAGCUCCUCUUGGUAGGAUGCAAACUGGAACCCACAGCCAUGAAUGAGUUGUAGCGGAAGCAAGAUCUGUGUUAAAUGAAGCUUUGUUACAGCUGAUUACAUCUCUAGUCCUAGGAAAUUUUUUUUUUCUCCCUUCCAGGGGUGUAGUCUGAGACAUGCUGUUCUGGUUUUGUAAAGAAAUGGGAAUCAUUCUACUGCAGUUAAUGUCUAAAGCCUAGGAUGAGAGCUGUUCAUAUGCAGCAUAUUCCAGUGGCCAUGGAUGAGAUUAAGGGGAGGAAAAGCAGUGCAAGUGAAGCAGAAACUGAAAACCAGUCCCCCCCAAACAGAUCCCAUUGGCAUUGCAGUUAGUUAUGAUUUCCAAGGCAACAAUGCAACCCAAAAUUGGGCCUGGAAUCCUAAAGCCAAGCUUUGUGAGGCAGAUAUCGUGGAUAAAGUGGGGGUGCAGAGCAGCUACCCAGCACUGCACAAAUGUGACCAUGAAAUGAGGAUGAUGCUGGGGAAGAGGAGAAGCCUUGGCAUAGAAGAGACGUCCAGCUUGAUGCCACAGCUCCUCGUCUUUUGAAAUGGAGUGACUGUUUGAGCAGGCUGUUGAUGGGGGGCUGUUUUGACAGUUGCAGUGGGGCUAUGCAAGACAUUUUUAAGUUUCAUUUUUGAAGGUGUUUUAUUUUAACCUCAAAUUUAUUUUGUAACAAUAAACGUUGCUGAGCUAAAAAGAGAUCCCUCUUCAUGUGUCCAGAAAGAGAAAUCAAGGCAUGAUUUUUUUUUUAAGGGAGGAGUGUGUCUGUAUUUUAUAAACAUCCCUGUCUUGAUGCACUGCCUUUCUAAAGGGUAUUUUUGGUUAUAUCACAAGUGUUUUGGUCAUUAAGGAGGAUGGGAAAGGCCCGUUGGCUAUCCUCUGUCAUGAGGAGUGUUGAUAGCCCCUUUUGCUGUCUCCGUAUACAUCUUCAACCUUCUUUCUGCUGAAAUAGGAAGCUUCAAGCAGGGGUGGCCAGUUUUCAAAGAUGCAUUUUGAAGAUCCCCAAGCAUGCUUUUAUCCUUCAAAAAUGUGUGGCCAUGCAACUGUGAUUCAGUGCGAGUAACACACUUUCUGUUCCCUUGCCGGAUUUAAUCUGAACUGGAAAAGGGAUGAAAAAUAGUAUCUGAGUCUGUGGAAUAGCACAGCCAUAGAUCAAGGCACCGAGGAAGAUGGCACGUUGUUCCCUCUUAUGAAACAUUUUCUUACAUUGGGCUUUAAUUGGAAGCACUGCUUGAUUUUUUUCAGGAGAGGUGCAGGGGAGGAUGCCUUCAAGGCUGGAUCUCUCAACUCACAAUGAGCCAAAAUUCCCAACUAAUAAGUUGGCACAGGUCUGUCAAAAAUAUGCAGCCAUGAUUAAAUGCAUAACUGGAGCUGUGCUGACUUAAACCAGCAGGGGACUUGGUCCAGGAAUCUCAAAUCCCAGACUAGAACUCAAACAGAGGUGGCCACUUUUAAUGAUCAGCAAUGGAAGUUGUUAAUGCCAAGUAUUUCUCCGAGGCUAGAUCACUAAAUGGCCCGUGGGGGACUGAGAGUUGAUCUAUCGUGGCCCACGGCAUUAGUGCCCGUAGCUGCUUAACGCUGUGAUUUGGGUCUUACAGGAGUCUACCACAGCGUUCAAUAGCACCACCCUGAGCUGUAGCUGCAAACUGACCUUCCACGCUUUCCUAGUGCAACAUUCAAGCCUUGCAAAGCCAGCUCUUCCUCUGUUAAUGCAAAUGGUGCUAUCUCAGAAGCUACCAAAAACCUUCUUAGACCAUGUCCAAACUAGCCCCUGGGAGGAGAAAUGUUAGCUCAAGCGUCAUAAUACCCGCUAUGCUGGUAAAAAGAAAAAAAAAAAGUGCUUUAUGGGGUUGAAACCAUUGUUUUUAAUUUAAUCAUUUUGUGUGUUUCUGGGCUUUGUUUUUGUUUUUCUUUUUUUCCCCCUCCACUGAGUUGGAUUCUCAGAAGCUUCAGCAUGACAGCCGCAUUCACGGAGACUGUUGGUUUCUGGGGGCUAAUGUCCUUGAUUUCUCAUGCGGGUGACAUGUUUGUUUUGCCAGCAGCCAUCUAUAUGUGUAGCUAUGGGUGAAAAACGCUGUUCGGUGUGUGUUGGACACUGUACUGUAUGGGUAGGCUGUGCCAAAAACUCUUUAUUUUAGGCUGUUCCCUCACUCUGGUCACACGAUUUGUUUGAAUGCCGUUUGAAACGACUCAGCUUUUCGUUCUUGUCAUCUAGCAAGGGAGCUGUUUAAAGGGGGCGGGGGAAUACAGUGGGAUACCAGCUGAUGAUGAAAUCAGAGGUCUGUCAGGAUGAGAAGGGGAAUGACCAUGGGUAUGGCUUUCCUGUAACCCAAUCCUUCCUCUGCUUCAUGCAAACAUUACAACCAAUGUUGAGAGAAUGGUUGCUGGGUUGGAGUUAAAGGAGGCUAACGCUCGCCCUCGACCCCUAGCCUGUGGAUUCACAGUUCAGUGGUGAUUAACCAGGGAGGAGUGGGCACAGUGGAUUUACAGUCCAGGUGAUGUGUGCCCUAGCAGAAUCGUGCCACACACUUGUCAGUUGUCUGAUGAGAUAAACUCAAAGAGGAUUUGGGACACAGGGAGCGCAGAGCCUUUUGACCUCUGAUUUCAUGGCAUGCGUCUGACCGUGGUUGGAACAUAUUGACUGGCUUAAUAAAGUACAAGAUGUUUGUA